AUGGCACCCACCAAGCUUCAAUUCGUCACUACAGAUGUCUUCACAACCAAAGCCUACGAGGGGAACCCACUGGGCUUGGUCCGGCUUCCCAAGUCCCAGAAGUUGACACAGGACCAGAAGCAGAAGAUUGCAUUCGAGUUCAACCUCUCCGAGACAGUCAUAUUGCACGAAAGUGAGGAGAGCUACCGGACUUCUGAAUGGACAUUUGACAUUUUCAUUACCACAUCUGAGAUCCCCUUUGCUGGCCAUCCGACCAUUGGUACCAUCUGCUAUCUCGGCCGCUCGCUGCAGGCGACCGGAUCCGGUGGUGUCAUUGAAGGCAAAUUGAAAUGCAAAGCCGGCCUCAUCCCUUGGAAAUACGACACAUCGUCCGGGGCGGCCUCUGCUGAGAUUCCUCAUGACAGCCACCUGCACAGCACCUCGCUCGACAUUCGCGGACUUCACGCCAUCGGCGUCCAGGAGGACGUCACGAAAUCAUUCCUCAACUCAGCGCCGAUUGUGUCCAUUGUUAAAGGCAUGACGUUCUGUCUGUCUCUGCCGAGGGAAGGUCUGACUCCUGAGUACGCUUCCACUGGUGUGGCCGGCCUGUUCUUCUACCAUGUUACGGGUGAAGGUGCUGCGGACGGCACGACUGGAAUUCGCACGAGGAUGAUUCGUACUCGCAUGAUCCUUGACCACCUGGAGGACCCCGCAACUGGAUCUGCGUCGGCAACGCUGUCGGUGUACCUUUCAAAGCAUCAUCCCAAACUUCGGAACACACAGCAGAAGUUGCAUAAGUUCGAGUUGACGCAGGGCGUUGAGAUCGGACGCAAAAGUGUCAUUGGAGUCGAUGUCUCUCUUGAUGGCGCCGGCAAGGUCGAGAAGGUCGUGUUGAACGGCACUGCCGUUGAGAUUAUGGAAGGCAACAUCACCGUGCCAUAG